AUUUUCCUGGUCUUUCCCUCAACACCUUCCCCUUCUUCGGCCCCACAAGAUCCCGGGUCAUGAGCCGGAAGAGGCAGCACCUGGUCCCGGAGACUUUGGGACUGAAGAGGCGGCGGGAACCAGGGCAUGCAGAGGGAGACCCUUUGAGGGGCGAGACAGGAUCGGCACGCGCGGCAGUCGCGGAGCUGGUGCGGCUGUUCCCCCGAGGUCUGUUCGAAGAUGCGCUGCCGCCCAUCGCGCUCAGGAGCCAGGUGUACAGCCUUGUGCCCGACCGGACUGCGGCUGACCGGCAGCUGAAGGAACUUCAGGAACAGGGGGAGAUCAGAGUCGUCCAGCUAGGCUUCGACCUGGAUGCCCAUGGGAUCAUUCUCACCGAGGACUAUAGGACCAGGGUCCUCAAGGCCUGCAGUGGCCGAUCAUAUGCUGGGGCUGUGCAGAAGUUUCUGGCUUCGGUGCUUCCAGCCUGUAGGGACCUUAGCUUCCAGCAGGACCAAAUGACGCAGACCUUUGGCUUCACAGACACAGAGAUCACGCAGCUGGUGAACGCUGGAAUCUUCACCGUCCGAGAUGCUGGGAGUUGGUGGCUGGCUGUUCCUGGAGCUGGGAGAUUCAUUAAGUAUUUUGUUAAAGGGCGCCAGGCUGUCCUUGGCAUGGUUCGGAAGGCCAAGUACCGGGAGCUACUCCUUUCAGAGCUCCUGGGCCGGCGGGUGCCUGCCUCGGUGAAACUGGGCCUCGCCUACCACGUGCAUGACCUCAUUGGGGCCCAGCUGGUGGACUGUGUCUCCACCACUUCUGGAACCCUCCUGCGCCUGCCGGAGACGUGAGGAUUCCACUCAUCGUGGCAGACCUCCCCGCAGUGGAGCGAGAGGGGCCCGGGAGUGUUGCCCAGUGGUGGCCGAGACAGGGUCACCUUGCAAAGCUUGGGGCUAGGACCGUGAGUGUUGGACUCUCGAGUGUGAUGUCAGACGUGACUGCUGCUGUUGACCUGGGCUCCGAGCCAGUGGUGGGGUCUGGGCGGUGCUGCUCUGCCCUUCCGUGGAAGUGGAGUCAGAAGACGUGCCAAGGCCAUGGCUGCUGCCUUUCGUGCAGCAAGGUGCUGCUGUUAACUGUCCUGGGCUAGGAAGGUGGGGUUUCUGAGGAGACUGGUGGGGGAGGGCGGGGUUCUCUUCCCUACAUGUUGGGUUGAAGCUGCCAAAUAAAGUGUUUCUGA